AUGGCUGAAACUGAACCCAAGAAGAGAUUUUGGAGUGGUUUAUUCCGAUCAGCAAGUAAAAAUGUUCAAGGCGGCAAACUAUCCAAGGAGCAACCGCGGAGGGCCAGCGAAGGAGAUGUAACGUCGAGUCGGCAGACGAAUGAUGAUGGGUCCCAAAGUUCCCGGCGCCGGCCACGACGCUCCAAUCCCGGAACCGCAAAGGGCAAGGGCCGAGAAGAUCCAAGUAGCCACACCUACGAACCAACGGCGCUCUCGGAAUGGCCACCAUUGGGGUUUUCUAGCCAAGAGGAGCUGUCGCUGGGCCGUGCCAUGGAGCUCAUCUCUCGAGGCGUCCCGGCUUUUAAAGGUCAUCAACGCCCGAUACCCCACCGUUCUGACCACUAUUAUUCCUUGUAUGCCACGGCAGCGGGCAAUAGGGGCGACGACACUGAUGUCGCUAACCAGCAUGAUGCAAUGACACAACUGACAACACUACAAAUCUACGGGGCCGGUCCACCCGCAUACCCCUGGCAGACGCUGGAACAGCCAAGCCUCGCCUUUGGCUACGGUGCCCGGCCUGGGACUGUCACGUUGAACCACUGGGCCAGUCUAUCGAGCGAAAUUCCGCCCAUGAUCGAGCUUCGAGAUUCUGGCAUGAUAUCCCGGGACGUCGACUUGGUCCAGAUCUUCGAACGCCUUAAGGAACUAGAAGGGGGGUUAGAAGAUGACAACGAGGACUUGAUGUAUCGCAACUUGUACAAGCGCCUGUUGAAGGAUCCAGACAGGCCGUUUAGUCCACACAAGACGAUGGAUAAGCAAAUCACCGACCUGAUCAUGGUUCUCUCUCGGCCAGACUGGAUUGAUUUCACCAUUCCAAAGCACCAAAUUGUCACGAGAUUCAUAUUCGACACCGGCCGCGCAAGUCACGAGCAAUACCUCAAAUUUUUCCAUCAGUUACUUCUGAGUCUUGAGUUGGACUUGCGCAUCAACUCAAAUCUCCACGACGAUUGGGCUAAGGAGAAGCUCAUGGGACAAAUACCGCCACGUAUCCAAUGGAAUCUUGCUGUUGCUCGACGAUGGCGGGGCAAUGUCCGUAUCGAGGCGUACGGCAAAACGGCCGACCAAGUGCGGCUCCGGUUCAAGCUAAGGAAACGCCAAAUCAAGAUGUUGAAACGGUUUGCGCAGAUGAUGAAGUGGCCCAACUUGAAUCAGACGCUCGAGGCACUGAAGCAAAGAGAAGCAGAGGGCAGCCUACUCGACGUCAGUUCCCAUACAAUGGCAUUCUUCAGUGGUAUUGUUCUGCCAGGACCGGUUUUCCCCUUUCUGAUCAUGAACACUCUCGUUGACAUCGAUCCGGACAAAGCUACGGACAACCUAGCCUUGCUAACACAUCUAAACCCCAUGUGCGGGUUUCAAUAUCGUAACAGCUACACCUACUGGAGUCGUGCCAGCAUCGUUGGCAAAGUUCUUGCCCCAACUUGCAAAGAGGUCGCUGGAUGGAUUGGGCCGGCUCGACCCACGGUUGACCUGGGUCGCUCUCAAAUCGCUCGCAUUCGAUCACGCAAGCCCCGGCACCACAUCACACCAGAAGAUGUGGCUUCGAUGAGCGAACGGAGCGACCCCCUGGGUCCACCAUCAGAAGUGUACCCCGUGAAAGAAUACGAGCUCCUCACGCCGGAUACCGACGACCUCGUAGACACCGUCCGGAUAGAGAUGCUCAAUUUGACAAAUGUCCCGGGCCGCCAUUCAGACAUAGGACCGAAAUGGUUCGAUGCCUCGAUUCAGUUCGCCAUUGACGGCGUUUCGUGGCCGCUCCGCCUUAUGCAUGACGUAUCGUUCAUCAGUGCAUGGCCCUGCUCUGAUGGUCCGCAUCCGUUAUUCUUCGACUACGUCUAUACGCCCGUCAAGGCUGAUAAGGUGGUCAACAUUCGAGACUGGGGCCGUCCUAUUGGUGAGCGGAGCACCCAGUCGCUGGCAACUCUGGUGGGGAGUGGCGGGCCCGCGAAGCCCGUUGAUGUGGACGAUGACGACGCGGAGAGAGUGCUUGUUGUGGAGGCAUUUGGGGUACGGGAUAAUGAGGUUCUGGCGAGGGCUUGGUGCUCACACUGGGGUUUCAGCGCGGUUGUCGCAGACGUACGGAAGACUUGCAUGGCAUGCGCUAUACGCGAGGCGUACGCAGCGACCUUGACGGUGGUAAUAUUAGUGGAGGACCAUAAACGAGAUCGUACCCAUGAGUGA